GGUAGCAGCUGGAAAUCCCUCCCAAUAUCCUGGGUUUACAGUGGCAUCCUUGCUAAGUUAUUCAAACCUGGAAGACUUUACAAAUGGCUUCUUUAGUGGAAUGAAACAAGAGGAGAACCAGAUUUUUAAGAUAAUCUCCAAAGUUGUGACUGUCACUGUCAGUAAUACAGACACAAAUCACCUGAAAGAGCCAGUCAGAAUAACUUUGUACCACACUGAGCAGCCAAAUGAAGCCUCCCAAACGUGUGUGUUCUGGGAUUCUUCAGAAGAUGGGGGGAAGUGGUCCACUCGAGGUU